AUGACUGAGCACCAAGCCCCGGGGGCAGUGCAUCAUCAAGGAGGCCCCAUCGAUACGGAGGAUCGGGCAUUAGAGAGAUUCUUGAAGUUUGGGCCUCCUAAGUUCUAUGGAGGCCCCGAACCUGAGAUAGCAGAAGGUUGGUGGGAGAGGAUCUCUGACAUUUUUGCAGCUUUGAAUUAUACGGAGGAGAGACAAGUGACUUUUGCAGCAUUUCAGUUUAAGGGAGCUGCUCGUUCCUGGUGGAACCUAAUUAAGGUUAAUUGGGACAGGAAUCAUAUUCCUAGGACCUGGGCAAACUUCACUCGAGAGUUCAACGCCAAGUUUCUACCCCCUCUCAUCCAAGAGAAAAGAGAGGAUGAUUUUAUUAAAUGUAGGCAGGGGGCGGGACUAAAUGUGGAGAUCCAGGAGGGGUUAGCUGCUGUUUGGUUAGACACGUUUGCUGAUGCUGUUGAGAGAGCUCAGAGGGUGAAAGUUACUAGAGCUCAAGUAAAAUCCUUCCAAGCCAAGAAAAGAUUUGGCCCUAGCAACAGUCCGACUUAUGCAAAUGCUCCACCGAUCAAAGUGGGUCGAGAAACGGGUGGAGUAAAUAGUCCUGGAGCACCACGAGGCGCUCUAGCAAAAGGAGCUGGGGCUAGAGGUACCGGAAGAAGAGAUAUCGGUACUAGAGGAGGACCAAGUGGAAGGAAUCAAACUAGGAACGCCCUGCAAGGAGGUCGUGUGACCACCCCUCAGGUAACUUGUGGAUAUUGCAGGAGAGUUGUCCAUACUGAGGACGGAUGCUGGAGGAAAGAAGAAAAGUGCUUGAGAUGUGGAAGUAGUGAACACCAGAUUGCCGGUUGUCCAAAAAUACAAGAAGGUGGUACCCCAAGUGCUGGACAAGCCACUUCUGGAGGAAAUAGGCCGAAAGUUUCUGUCAGGGUGUACGCUAUGGACGAUCAACCUGUACUUGAUUCUUCGGAGGUUGUGGAAGGUACUCUUCCAAUCUUUCACCGAUUAGUUAGAGUACUAAUUGAUCCUGACGCAAUCCAUUCAUUUGUGAAUCCAAUUUUUAUGUCCGGAAUUGAUGUACAACCUAUUAAAUUACCCUUCGAUCUUGAAGUUAGGACCCCUAUGGGUAAUAAGAGUAUAAUCACUAGCCUGGCCUAUAAGAACUGCGAAUUUUGGGUUGGAGAGCGUAAGAUGCUAGUAGAUCUAGUCAGUUUGGACAUAAAAGAAUAUGAUGUUAUCAUAGGAAUGGAUUUCCUAACUCAUUACCACGCUAAACUUGAUUGUAGAGCAAAAGUGGUAGAAUUUUGGAUUUCUGGGGAAGCAACCCUGAAAUUGGAUGUGAAAGGUAGGUUAGCAUCAUUUGCGAUGAUUUCGGGAGUUCGGGCAAGAAAAAUGUUGUUUAGAGGAGCGCAAGGUUUCUUAGCUUUCCUGAUUAAUGCUCCCAGUGAUCAAGUAAUGUUGGAGGAUGUAGCAGUGGUAAGGGAAUUUCCAGAUGUAUUUCCCGAAAAAUUAAAAACAUUACCUCCGGAGAGAGAAGUGGAGUUUAAGAUUGAACUAGUACCGGAAAUGGCCCCGAUUUCUAAGACUCCGUACCGGAUGGCUCCUGCAGAGUUAAAAGAAUUGAAAAUACAAUUACAGGAUCUAUUGGAGAGAGGUUUUGUUAGAGAAAGUGAUUCGUCAUGGGGCGCACCUGUCCUAUUUGUUAAGAAAAAGGAUGAAAGUUUAAGGUUGUGUAUUGAUUAUCGAGGAUUAAAUGAGAGUACAAUUCAAAAUAAAUAUCCUCUACCAUUGAUUGACAGCUUAUUUGAUCAGCCGCAAGGGUCAGCAGUUUUCUCCAAGCUGAAUUUAAGGCAAGGGUAUUAUCAGUUGAAAAUUAAGAAGGAGGACAUACCUAAAACUGCCUUUAAUACAAAAUAUGGAUAUUUUGAGUUUGCAGUCAUGCCAUUUGGAUUAACUAAUGCACCAGUUGCUUUCGUGGAUUUAAUGCAGAAAGUCUUUAAAAAGUACUUGGAUCAGUUUGUGGUAGUUUUUAUUGAUGAUAUCUUAGUAUAUUCUAAGACUCGAGAAGAACAUGUUCAACACUUGAAAAUGGUUCUGCAGAUUUUAAGAGAGCAUAAAUUGUAUGCUAAAUUUAGCAAGUUGGACAGGCUUACCAAGUCCGCACAUUUUCUACCUGUGAGCAUGACCUCUUCUUUGAAAAAAUUGGCCAAGUUGUACACAGAAGAGAUCAUGAGAUUGCAUGGUAUUCCUAUAAGCAUUGUGUCUGAUCGAGAUCCAAGACGGGCAGUCGGAAAGGACAAUUCAGACUUUGAAAGAUAUGCUGAGGUUGUGUAUAUUGGAUUUUGGAGGAAAAUGGAGCCAGUAAAUGGCCUUAGUAGAAUUUGCCUAUAA